GAAAAAAAGGUUCUGUAGCUACGAUUGUAAGGUCACCAAAACCCAGCAGUUAAAGAGAAUCACAACGUGGCUUGUGAGCCACACUUUUGAGAACGUGUUCGUUUACAUUAUUUCAUAUACGAGCCAUUGCAGUGUAGUGUAGUGUAGUGUAGCUAGUUAAGUUAUGUUGCCUCCUCCUAUCGUCUUCGAUCUCAACGAUGUAAAACAAAAACUCUCCCUUCAGCUUCGCCCUUUGCAACGUUCUUUCCAGUUCUGGGUUCGAGCCAUUGAUAUUUACACCGGAUACAAGGUUUUUCAAUUGAGAGUGAAUUUCGAGAAGGAUGUGCUGAAACAAGAAGCAAUGUGGGAAAGACAGCACGAGCUUGCCGCUGAUAAGAUUUUCUCUAUGUGCUCUGACCUUGGUGGUUUCUUCCUCAAGAUUGCGCAAAUUGUAGGGAAACCGGAUUUGGCACCUGCUGCAUGGGUGAAAAGGCUUGUUACGCUCUGUGAUCAAGCUCCUGCAACCUCUUUUCAUACGGUUAAACUUGUGCUAGAGAAUGAGUUGGGACUGGGUAUUGAUGAUGUGUUUGAUAGGUUUGAUGUUGAGCCUCUUGGUUCCGCUUCAAUUGCUCAGGUUCAUAGAGCGAGACUCAAAGGUGACAAAGGUGAUGUUGUUGUCAAGGUUCAGCAUCCUGGAGUUCAGGAUCUGAUGAUGACAGAUAUCCGUAACUUGCAAGCUUUUGCUUUGUACAUGCAAAAAACAGAUAUCAAAUUUGAUCUAUAUUCGGUGACACGAGAAAUGGAAAAACAGAUUGGAUAUGAAUUUGACUUCAUGAGGGAGGCCAGUGCAAUGGAAAGGAUUAGAAAGUUCUUGUAUAAAAUUAACAGAAGGACUCCUGUUUCGGUGCCAAGAGUAAUACGAGAUAUGGUUACUAGAAGGGUCCUAGUUAUGGAAUAUAUUGACGGGGUUCCAAUAAUGAACCUCGGUGAUGAAAUAGCAAAGAGAGGCAUAAAUCCUCAUGGUAAGGUUGCAGCUGCCGCAAAGCAGAAAAUUCUUCAAAGCUUGACUCUAGCAUAUGGUCAAAUGAUUUUGAAAAGUGGGUUCUUCCACGCAGAUCCCCAUCCAGGAAAUAUCCUGAUUUGUAAAGGGUCAGAGGUUGCCUUGCUAGAUUAUGGACAGGUGAAGGAUCUCCCAGAGCAAUUGAGGCUUGGUUAUGCUAAUCUCGUUCUUGCAAUUGCUGAUGGUGACUCAGUAAGAGCUUCCGCGAGCUUUAGGGAGCUUGGUAUAGAUACAUUAAGCAAAUGUGAAAAUGAGCAACAAGAAAUGUUUAAACUGGCAGAGACAAUGUUUGAUACAAAAUUACCUCCUGGUGUGAAAAUGCUGCAACCUUUUUCAGAUGAAUCUUCAAUUAAAAAAAUAGCUGUUCAGGCUUUCCCAGAAGAACUGUUUUCUAUACUUCGGACGGUGCAUCUAUUGAGGGGACUAAGUGUUGGACUUGGAAUCAAUUAUUCUUGUGCAGAACAGUGGAGACCCAUUGCUGAAGAAGCUUUGUCUCAAGCUGGUAGAUUUAAAGAUAAAAAUCUUCAGCACAGAGGUAGGUUACAUGGUAUAUUAAAAACAUUAUUUUGGAGAGACUAAAUAGGUAGAUAUGGAUCAAUCUACAUUUGAUUAGUUUGUUGGUUGACUGGCAAGUUCUGCGUGGCAUUGAAGAAAGAUAACUUCAUCUUCAAUAUGGCAAGAGCGUUUCACAUUGAUUGAGAGGCGAUUACAAGUAGAUGUUUCUUACCAUUAUUUAAAUUUUUGGAAAAUGUAUAAUGACAUCAUGGAGUCUGUGCAUAUUUGAGUCCGUAGCAUGAAAUUUCCUAUGAUUAAGUUGAUAAUUUCUCAAUAGGUAUCAUUCUUCUUCAUGGUCAGAGUUCAAGUUUGUAGCUUACAUGAAAUCACAUGGAGACAUGGUGAGAUUACCACCAAAGAGAUAGUUUCCAAACACACUUAUUUGUAAUUAUGGAUGGAGCAGUUUUGCAUCA